AUGGCGUCGAAGAAGUACGCCUUCCUCCCGAUGGAGGACGACGAGGUCGGCCCUACGAAGGUGGUCAAGGACAAGAAGAAGCACAAGUCGCGCCACCGCGAUCGAUCGCGCGAACGGGAACGAGAUCGCGACCGUGACCGCGGCGAGAGGACAUCCAGACGCCGCUCGCGCUCGCGAUCACCGGCCCGUCCGUCAAAACAGUACCGCAAACGAGACACCGACGACAACGACGACCGCUGGGCGGACGAGGAGCCCCGCACGGAUGACGAAGUCGAAGCCGACGACGAGCCCGAAUUCAAGGAGUCGGCGUCGAAGCGCGUCAAGCUCAGCCACGACGACCGAGAUCGCGAACGAGACGGGGAUCUGUCGGACGGCGCGCGUGAAGAGCUGGAACGUCAACGCGAUAUAGAGGAGCGUGAGGCUUUUGCCAAGCGCUUGAAGGACAAGGAUGAUAAGAGGUCUAAGGGCGGCGACAGCAGGAAGUUGCCGGACUCGGGGGACCGAAAGGCGACGAUGGAGGAUCUCAGGUUGAAGAGUCGACAGAUGUAUCUCGGGAAGAGAGAGGCCGAGAAGCUUGCCUUGCUGCGAAAGCAGGUGGCAGAAGAGAAUGAGGAGCUUAGGAGCGGCGCGAGGUUAUCCGAACGAGAGAUUGCCGAGUUUGCCAAGAACCGCGAGAUCCUGAGGUUAGCGGAGGAGCGACUCAAGAUCGACGACCACAAGGACGGGUACUACAUCCCCGAGGACUACAUCACGGAGAAGGGCAAGAUUGACAGAAAACGAAAGGAGGAUGCCAUGUACAAGCGAUACGUGGAGAAAGACGAGUACGGCCAGGAGAAGUUCGUCACGGAGCAUGAAGAGUGGGAAAGGGAGCAGGCGACCAAGGCGAAAGCGCAGAUUCAGCGAGCUGAGAGGGAAAACGACGACUAUUCCUACGUGAUGGACGAGGAGCAGUAUAUCAAGUGGAACCUGGGGUCGAGUUUGCCAGGGGAGGGCAAGCUUACCAAGGAGCAGCAAUUUUUGGCGGCGCAAAUCGAGGCGGCGGAGAAGAAGCAGCUUUCGAUCCAGGAGACGAGGAAGAGCCUGCCUAUCUAUGCGUACCGCGACGACUUCCUCGAGGCGAUGGAGAAAUACCAGAUUUUGGUCAUCGUUGGUGAAACGGGUUCCGGAAAGACGACGCAGCUGCCGCAGUACUUGCACGAGGCGGGAUACACCAAGAACGGCAUGAAAGUCGGUUGUACGCAGCCCCGUCGAGUCGCCGCCAUGUCUGUUGCCGCGCGUGUGGCGGAUGAGGUAGGCGUCAAGGUCGGUCAGGAGGUCGGAUACUCGAUUCGUUUCGAGGACAACACCAGCGACAAGACCAUUCUGAAGUACAUGACCGACGGCAUGUUGCUGCGAGAAUUCAUGACGGAACCGGAUCUUGCCGGAUACUCAGCUAUCAUGAUCGACGAGGCCCACGAGAGAACGGUGCAUACGGAUAUCUUAUUGGCGCUGGUCAAGGAUUUGGCUAGGGAACGGCCUGAUCUGAAACUCCUUAUUUCGUCCGCCACCAUGAACGCCGAGAAGUUCGCCGCCUACUUCGACGACGCCCCUAUCUACAACAUCCCGGGUCGAAGAUACCCUGUGGAUAUUUACUACACGCCUGCACCGGAAGCCAACUACCUUGCGGCAGCGAUCACCACAGUUUUCCAGAUUCACACAACGCAAGGAAAAGGAGAUAUUCUCGUCUUCCUCACAGGUCAGGACGAGAUCGAUGCCGCAGAGCAACAAAUAGCCGACACGGCCAAAAAGCUCGGAAAUCGCGUAAAAGAGCUCGUCAUCUGCCCGAUUUAUGCCAACUUGCCCUCUGAGCUACAGGCCAAGAUCUUCGAACCAACCCCAGAAGGCGCACGCAAGGUCGUUCUGGCCACCAAUAUCGCAGAGACGUCUCUUACAAUCGACGGCAUCGUAUAUGUCAUCGAUCCAGGCUUCGUCAAGGAAAACGUUUACAAUCCGGCAACAGGCAUGGAGAACCUUGUCGUAACUCCCUGCUCCCGCGCCUCGGCAAACCAGCGAAGUGGUCGUGCAGGUCGUGUCGGUCCCGGAAAAUGCUUCCGUCUAUAUACCAAGUUCGCCUACAUGAACGAGAUGGAUGAGUCGCCGAUGCCCGAAAUCCAACGCACAAAUCUCAACGGCGUUGUUCUGCAGUUGAAGUCUCUUGGCAUCAACGAGCUGCUCGACUUCGAGUUCAUGGACCCGCCACCAACCGAGGCCCUCAUCGGCGCCCUCAACAACCUCUUCGCCCUCCAAGCCCUCAACCACAAGGGCGAACUGACAAAGAUGGGCCGUCAAAUGGCCGAGUUCCCCACGGAUCCCAUGCUCGCCAAGGCCGUUCUCGCCGCCGACAAGGAGGGCUGCGUGGAGGAGGUCCUCUCCGUCGUCUCCAUGCUCAGCGAAGCUUCAGCGCUCUUCUUCCGGCCCAAGGACAAGAAGAUCCACGCCGACAGCGCCCGAGCCCGCUUCACGAUCAAGGAGGGCGGCGACCACCUCACGCUGCUGAACAUCUGGAACCAGUGGGUCGACAGCGACUACUCGCCCAUCUGGUCCCGCGAGAACUUCCUCCAGCAGCGCUCCCUGACCCGCGCGCGCGACGUGCGCGACCAGCUCGCCAAGCUCUGCGAGCGCGUCGAGGUAUCCCCGUCGACGUGCGGCUCGUCGAACCUCCCGCCCAUCAAGCGCGCGCUGACAGCGGGCUUCUUCCCCAACGCGGCGCGUCUGCAGCGGAGCGGCGACUCGUACCGCACCGUCAAGAAGAACGCCACGGUGUACGUGCAUCCCAGCUCCGUGCUCAUGGGCAUCGACCCGCCCGUCAGGAUGUUGGUGUACUUUGAGCUGGUGCAGACGACCAAGGAGUACAUGCGUAGCUGUAUGCCCAUCGAGCCGAAGUGGCUGGCGGAGCUGGCGCCGCAUUUCUAUAAGAAGGGGGAUGUUGAGGCGUUGGAGGAGAAGAAGAUGCCUAAGAGUCGCAAUUAUGAUAGGUAA